AUGCCAGUCGAUUUAAAGCCACGUCGUGGAGGACACUCAAGCGGGGGCCAUUCAAGUGGAGGACACUCUAGUGGUGGGCACUCCAGCGGCAGCCAUUCAGGUGGAAAACACUCUGGCUCAGGAUCGAAACCAAAGAAACCCAAGGGAAGCCGACCAAUUGCUGGCGGUGGCCAUCGUGGUCAUCAUAAUACCAGUAGUAGUAGCAGUAUCAGCUCCACUGAGAAAAAGAAGCAUAAGAAAACAUCAACUAAAGAAUCACACAAGAAGACUAAAACUAAAGAUGACAAUAAGUCCAAGACUAAGAAACACAAGAAGUCAAAGACAGAUGCACCAAGUAGUACGACAAAGACAGCACAUGAUAAGCAUAAAGAUCAAGUUACGAGUUACCAUUCCGUUCCUACUACUUUAACACUGAGAACUAUGGCACAGAGAGAUCUUUCAAUGGGCAUCCCCACAAUGACGUCCACUCCUGAAAAUUACUCUUCAGACGGACCAACUUCAGUUUCAACCAUUUCUUGUGCUGAUGACUUUACCGGUGUCUCCCUUAACAUGUUGUUUUGUGUGGCUGGUGGUAUAAUGGGAUUAUUCGUUGUGUUUUUCGCCGUUUACCGUAUUUUUAGUAGAACGAAUCGAGAUCAAAAGGAUUACUUGGAAAAGGACGUUUAUUUUACACAAUUACCAAUAUCAAAAGGUUCUGAAGAAAAUAUGGAUGAGAAGCAAGAGGAACAUUUUGGGUUGAUGGAGCAGAAGAACGAAGGGCUGUAA